ACAACUUUUGACGUUUAUUAAAAAAAUAUUUUUAAUAAUUUUAUUUAAUAUUUUUUUUGUUAUUAACAAAGUACUGGCACUAAAAAUGUUUUUACAAUGACCAUUCUAUUGUUCAGGAAAUAGCUAUUAAAUGGAUCUAUAUUCUGGACACAUCCGCUGCUAUAUUUUCUACGAUUAUUAGCAAUAAAAUUAUUAAGACGUCAAAGCAUAAUACUCAGAAUGUGGGUAGUAGAUAAAUAAUUACUAAUCCACGUUAUCAUUAUCAAACGAUAACAUUUUUAAUGAUUAUGUUAAACAAGGAAAUUAUUGAUAUUGUAUUAUUUUUACUUUUAUUUUUGGUAAAUGUUGGCUGCACCAAUGAGUACUGAUUCUAGGGACGACAAUGCUGGAACAUUUAAUAGACAAGGUUCAUUAAGAAGAGUGAUACCACCUCCGGAAAUAAAUUCAGGAAACUUAUUCGGCCGGCAAAAUGAAGAUCUUAAUAGGAUUUUUAAAAUAUAUAGACAAGAGUACAUUAUCUUAGCAGAAUAUAAAAUUAUUGAGACUGAAGAUAUUCAAGGUGUAUAUGUUAUUCCGUCCAGGGAAAAUAGUCUUAUAUGGUUUGGUAUUAUUUUUGUUAGAAAUGGUCCAUAUAAGGAUGGCAUAUUUCGAUUUACAGUUAUAUUAGAUGAAAAAUUUCCUGAUUGUGAACAUCCUAAAAUAGUCUUUCAAACUAAAGUAAUCCAUCCUGUGAUAGAUCCAGGUACAAAUGAAAUGAAUUUGCUUGGUGGAUUUCCAACUUGGAGUAAAAACGAACAACAUCUAUGGCAAGUCUUGAAGUAUAUUCAGUGGGUAUUUGCAAAUAUUGAGGCUAGUAUACCUCACAGCAUUAAUAAGGAGGCCUGUGAUAUGAUUACAAAGGACAAAGAGGCAUUUGGUAAUAAAGCACAAGAACUUGUUAAAGAAAGUAAGGAACACUUAUAUGACACACCAAGCACAGAAGAUAAACACUACAUUGUAUUUGAGAAGUUUAACCCGGAUAUUCACAAAAAGGAAAAAAUGUUUGCUUUUAUUCAAGAAAAAGAUCAAAUAGAAAAAAGGGGCUAUUCUUGGGUGUUACCGCACAGUUUUAAACCCUUGGAAAGACCUUUAACACCUACAUCUGAUAAUGAACUGAAAAAAGAUACGUAAAUACGCAUAUUAAAUCUCGGAUUGUUUUUUAUAAAUCUCUCGAUAAAUUUUUAGCUAUAACAGUAUUGGUUUUGUGUAUUAAGGCAAUAAUUUUACAUGACAAGAAUUUUUUGACUAGCUUUUUAACAUUUUAAAAAAUCAAAAAAAACUAGCAUAAUAGAUCACUUCCAUGGAUAUUUUUCACUUAGCGUUAAAAAAUGUUGACAUUAUGUAUAUAUUACUUUGUUAAUUGUAUUUACAGUGCAAUAUAAGUCGAACAAAUUUACAUUUUAAUAUAUCAUGUUAAAUAUAUUUGAAUAAAGAGCUUUUAUUAAAA